CAGUCGAGAGCAGCAGCAGUGCUUUGGGAUGCUGAGGCAAAGCAGAACCACGCGCGCGAGUGGGAUGGAGACACGGACGGAGUGAGUCAGUGGAUUCAUUCAUCAUCAUCAGCGUCCUUGCCUCUGUGCGCUCAUCCGAGGAAUGUUCGGGCGUCUCCUCGUAUUGUGGUGCUUUGAUCUCGGGAGAGAUAUGAAUGGAGAUGCAAGAGGAUUACCAAAAAUCUGGACAUUCAUGCAGUUUUAAAGUGCUCUGCAUUAGAUUGCAAGCAGCAUUCCUUCUCUCCAAAGUAAUACAUUAUUGACAAUUAAUGUCAAACCGUAUGCUGGAGCAGCUUAAUGCUGCCUCGCAGAGUGGAACAUCACUAAUGGRAAGAAAACCUUAUAAGAUCCAGCUCAUCAAAAUUCACCUAAGAGCAGCAUAAUGCCUUCAAAAGUAUCAUGUUUAUACUUGCUGACGGUGGUCUGCUGGGCGAGCGCUCUGUGGUAUCUGAGCAUCUCUCGCCCAACGUCCACAUAUGUCGGUCACAUGGCCGUGCCUAAACGGAGGAUCGUGAAACCUCCCAAAAACAUCACGUUCACCAACAUCCGCACCCGCCCGCUUAACCCCCACGCCUUCGAAUUUAUCAUCAACGAGCCGAAAAAGUGCGAGAGUGCCGCUCCCUUCCUGGUUAUCCUCAUCAGCACCACACACAAGGAGUUUGAUGCACGCCAGGCCAUCCGAGAGACCUGGGGGGAUGAGAACACCUUCAGCGACAUUCGCAUUCUUACCGUUUUCCUUCUGGGCUGGAACACGGACGCAGUGCUGAACCAGAUGGUGGAGCAAGAGAGUCAGAUCUUUCACGAUAUUGUUGUGGAGAAUUUUAUUGAUUCGUACCAUAAUCUUACCCUAAAGACCAUGAUGGGCCUGCGCUGGGUGGCGACAUUUUGCCCAAAGGCGCAGUAUGUCAUGAAGACGGACAGCGAUAUCUUUGUCAACAUGGACAAUCUUAUCUAUAAGCUUCUAAAGCCCAGCACCAAGCCAAGGAGAAGGUACUUUACUGGCUAUGUGAUAAAUGGUGGUCCCAUCAGGGAUAUGCGUAGCAAGUGGUACAUGCCCAGAGAUGUGUAUCCUGAAAGUAAAUACCCACCUUUCUGCUCGGGCACUGGCUACGUGUUCUCGGCAGACGUUGCCGAGCUCAUCUACAAGACUUCGUUACACACAAGACUGUUACAUUUGGAGGAUGUGUAUGUGGGAUUGUGUUUGCGUAAGCUGGGCAUACACCCUUAUCAGAACAGUGGUUUUAAUCAUUGGAAAAUGGCUUACAGUCUCUGCAGGUACCGACGGGUUAUCACCGUCCACCAGAUCUCCCCAGAGGAGAUGCACCGCAUUUGGAAUGACAUGUCCAGCAAGAAGCACCUCCGAUGUUAGGGGAUGUGUGUAUCAACAUCUUUGAUACAUUUUUUUAACUGCCUUCAUUUCGCCGUUGUAUUUUUUUUUUUAAUAUUGCCACAGUGAAUGAUGUAAAAACUGUGAGGGCUUCUGCAGGUCUCUGUUUGAUUACACAUUUACUCAUUUUAUUCAACCACAUGAAGGCUUGUAAGGUGCAUAUUAUCAUUCGUACUUAAGUGCUGGGUUGUGACUUGAAGUUGUUUUCAGUCUAAGAUUAAAAAUCUUGCAUCUUUUUUAAGAAUUAAGAUUAUAAGCCUGAUUGUGGCCUGCCAGUAUAGACCACGAAUUGUUCAGAAACAGCAGUGAAAGGGAUAUUUUGGUUUUAAUGAAAAGGGGUUGAAUGGAGUACUUCUGAAUAGUCAGGUUUUUUUUUCACCUCCAGUAGACAGCAGUUAGAGUGGCAUCGAUUUGGAGGAUCAGGGAGAAACGCUCAUGGGGGUAUUUUAAGCUAARAGUACUUAAAGGGACCAUUCAUUAGAUAAUUUGUGCUAUCUAAAACGAAUGAAACUCWGAAAUGUUCCUAGCCGCUGGAACAAACUCUGUAAUAGUUAUUUUUACACCAUGUUUCUUUUGGAUGAGACAGAUUCAUUAUUUAUUCAACUGAACAAUAYUUGUGUUCCUGUGUGCAAUGUGUUCACAGAUGUUCAGUUUCUUCAGUUGUAGAUCAACUGUUUAUACUGUAUAUCAAAACCAAUGUAGUCAGUAAACCCAAAUAGUUAUAAAAAAUAUAACAUAUGUUGUUCAGGGGAAAUAGGAUCUGUAUGAGCCAAACUAUAUAAAAGACAUAACAACUCUUGGCAGACUCAGCUGAUCAAUAGAAGGUUUAGCUGCCUCUGAAAACAUAAGGCCUUUUUGCACAGCAAGACCAGGGCCAGCCUGGCUUCAAACAUGGGCUGUGCAUGUUUUCAUAAGCCCUACGGCMCAGUUCCACCUAGAUUUCUGAAACCUCAAGACCUGUGGUUCUAUGCGGGCCAGCCUGUCUGGCCUGAUUUGACAUCAGCUACUGUUGCUCAUUGAUUGACAGGGGGCAUCACGUCACAUAGAUGAGAGUAAUUUCACAUGAACCAUUUGCAGCGGCCGUAACAUUUACGGGUUUAACUAAACAACUUUAGCAAGCUACCAAACACAACAAGCUAACAAUAGCUAUGAUUAGCUUACCAUCCUCUGUUGUCCUGCCCUCUCAUCUUAAACGUCAUACCRCUGCAGGGUCUGGUACAGCUUCAGUACUUUUCCAUCAAGUUUGGUAUAGUCCAUUAUUGUUGUGUGGCAAAUAAAACAAAAUAAGAUUUGCACGUGUUUAUCAUGAUCCCACACACAGAGGMRGCACUCUGCUCAAUGCAAACACAACMAGGGCCUGGGGAUAAUAAGGCUAGGCUGACUGGGGCCGGGGCGGGCCUUUUAAYACAAAUUCACUACUGUUAGCGUAGCAGCACAAUCCUUGUUCUAGCAAAAAAUAAAAAAUAAAAAUAAAAACAUCUAAGUGACUCCAUAUUAAAAAUAGACAAUAGAUAAUGGUGUUUGARUUUUAGUUGUUUUAUAUGGUAGAAAUGUGCUCCUGAAUGAGUCCUGUCAGUUCCAUUCUCUGGUUCUUCAAACUGAAAUCCCUCUGACAGCUGUCUACUGCAGGUAAGACCCUAACUGCUUGUCAGCGUGCCACACAACCCCACUUCCARUCAAUAAAAACCACCUGUCCAUUUAAAGCCCUGGCACACUCACAACCUGUUUCCCUCUUUGAUAUAAGUGUCCUUGAGCAAGAAUCUCUAUUAGAUUCACAGCUGUUGACCCAGAAACKUUACCCUCCUGGAGGCAAAAGAUAAAAUGUGAGGAAAUCAAUAAAGAAUUGGAUCACAAUAAGACUUGUUUAUUAGAACAUAAUUAAAAGUAUAGUGUCAAAGCGUUUCAGAACAAAGGCAAAUUAAAUGUAACUCUGUAGACCAUUUCACUGUCAUGUGCACUUGUGCUUCUUUCUCCUCUAUCUGUUUAAUGAGAAUAAAACUACACUGCAGUUCAGUUUAUUCUAAAUGUCCAACACCAAGAUGGCUUAAGUGAUCGUUUAAUAUAAUCUGAGCACUUUCUAAAUUAGAAUUUAUAUGACUUGCUGCUUUUUAAAUAUGAAUUUGCCUGAUAUUUUCUGUUUACAUACAGCCAUCAUCACUGCCUUUUUCUCUCUGAAACAAGUUAUGUGUAUGUUUUGGAUUUUAGAUGCAUUUCCUUGUUUUUCUACUUUGACAUUUUCAUGCCGGGGUAAUUAUGCAUCUCAGCUACCAGCCUCUCAUUAUUGUAGCUGCUGCUCAUGUGUUGUAAAUCAGCAGCUGUUUCAGCUCAUCAACUCCUCCAAGCAGCAAGAAUAAAAAAAGAAUCGUCGUGUGAGUUUCUUCAUGUCUAGCUGAGAUCAUUACAGACAGGAUGUAUUGUUACAUGAAUUUGGCAUAUCAUUGGCUACAGAAGUGCACUCACUGUAUGAAUAACAAAGUUUAGUCGUUUCUAAGAAAAUGUGGCUUCGUUGGUCAAAAUACACUUUUUCCCCCCUUUUCCUUGAGGUUUUGUAGUCUUAUAAGCUAAUGUGACAUUUACUGUGAAAGCAUCUAUCCCACACUGGGUUGUUGUUAUAUAUUGUAUGUUUUUAUAUAUAAAAAAGCAAAUACUUGAAUAAUUAAAAUGAAAUUGCUGCUUUCA